AUGGCAAUGGUGACCUCUGUUUCAGGCCAAGUUUCUGUGAAAGUCUUACACCAGGAUGGCUCAAUCAGCAACUCCCUUAUUGUGGAUCAAGCACUGUCUGACUGGCCCUUUUUGAAAGCUCCAGAGGGAUGUGCACCUCCCAAUACUCACAUACGGAGGGGUUUACUUGCAGACUGGGGAUUUGUAGCUGUAUUUGAAGAUACUGAAGAGUUAGCGGAGCAUUCAGACGACUCAAAGAAACGUACAGAUAACGUGUCUGAAGAUUCAGACCAGAAUGACCACUAUUUUGGAUUCAAAUCUGGUGGGGUCCAGAAGCUGCAAGAGUUGGUGAAGUCCAUGCUAUCCACCUUCAACCACGAGGAAGAAAUAAUCCGCUCUGACCAGAAGGGUACUCUUGAUGAGGUUAUACAACAGUUGAGUAAGGAGGGCUGGCAGGUUGGUAAUGGAAAUCAUGUUCUUGAGUGUACACCGUAUGAGAUGAAAGAUGCAGAUGCUAAAGAAAAAGACAACAUCAAGGAAUGGCUAAAUCCCGAUUUCACUUCAAUGUUUACCCGCUCUGACGCUGCUUUCCACAAGUAUCAGACCUUUGGCAGAGUCGAUGGUCUCAGCUUGUUUCUUGAAAAUAAUAGAUUUGUAGAGGCGGGUCCGCCACCAUUCUUUGUACUGUUGCAUGCCUCCCAUGACAAUGUUUUUGAUAUCCUCGGGGAAGCUCUAGAGGAAAUUCAAUGCAAUGAAAAGUGGAAGCAGAUCAUCAGGCAUUCAUUGUUCCUCAUUCUCCAACCCAACAAAAUGCUUGUCAACCGUAAUACUCCUCACCCAUGCCCAGCAUCAUGUGGCAGAGCUUUUACCAGCACCCGUGCCCUCAAUACGCACCUUGGCUCUGCAAGAAGCUGUGCUUGGUACUGCAAGGGUAAAUUGAGAGAGGUCCUAACCCAGCAGGAUGGCAACUUGGAGAGGCAAGGAUUGCUAGUGGAAGAAAAUUUAGAUAAUCCCUAUGGCCCUCCACAUCCAUUCCAGGAGGAAUCCAUUGGAGAUACUGUGGAAGAUAUUGAAGAAGAUCUAUUUGCAUUCAUCCUACUCAAGCAACCUGAAUAG